AUGUCUGCUCCCGCUCAGAAGUUUAAGAUUGCCGACAUCUCCCUGGCUGCUUUCGGCCGUCGGGAGAUCGAGCUCUCUGAGAUUGAGAUGCCCGGUCUCAUGGCCAUCCGUGAGAAGUACGGCCCUGACCAGCCUCUCGCUGGUGCCCGUAUUGCCGGUUGCUUGCACAUGACCAUCCAGACUGCCGUCCUCAUUGAGACCCUCGUUCACCUCGGUGCUGAGGUCACCUGGACCUCUUGCAACAUUUUCUCGACCCAGGACCACGCCGCUGCUGCCAUUGCCGCUGCUGGUGUCCCCGUAUUCGCCUGGAAGGGUGAGACCGAGGAGGAGUACCAGUGGUGCUUGGAGCAGCAGCUCGGUGCCUUCAAGGAUGGCAAGAAGCUUAACCUCAUCCUCGAUGACGGUGGCGACCUCACCUCCCUUGUCCACUCCAAGUUCCCCGAGCAGCUCGAGGGUUGCUUCGGUGUCUCCGAGGAGACCACCACUGGUGUUCACCACCUGUACCGCAUGUUGAAGGAGAACAAGCUCAAGGUCCCUGCUAUCAAUGUUAACGACUGUGUUACCAAGUCCAAGUUCGACAACCUGUACGGUUGCCGCGAGUCCCUCAUUGACGGCAUCAAGCGUGCUACCGAUGUCAUGAUCGCCGGUAAGGUCGCCGUUGUUGCUGGUUACGGUGACGUCGGCAAGGGUUGUGCUGAGGCCCUCCACUCCAUGGGUGCUCGUGUCCUCGUCACCGAGGUCGACCCCAUCAACGCCCUCCAGGCUGCUGUCCAGGGCUUCCAGGUCACCACCAUGGAGGAGGCCGCUCCCAUUGGUCAGAUCUUUGUCACUACCACUGGUUGCCGUGACAUCCUCGUUGGCCGCCACUUUGAGAACAUGCGCAACGACGCCAUCGUCUGCAACAUCGGUCACUUUGAUAUUGAGAUCGACGUUGCCUGGCUCAAGGCCAACGCUCAGUCUGUGCAGAACAUCAAGCCCCAGGUUGACCGCUACCUCCUGAACGGCAAGCACAUCAUCCUCUUGGCUGAGGGUCGUCUUGUCAACCUCGGCUGUGCCACCGGCCACUCUUCCUUCGUCAUGUCCUGUUCCUUCUCCAACCAGGUCCUUGCCCAGAUUGCUCUGUUCAAGGCCGAGGACUCCGCCUUCGGCAAGAAGUACGUCGAGUUCGGCUCUUCCGGCAAGAAGGACAUCGGUGUCUACGUCCUCCCCAAGGCUCUUGAUGAGCAGGUCGCCCGCUGCCACUUGUCUCACGUCAACGCCAAGCUGACCGAGCUCACCCCCGUCCAGGCUGAGUACCUCAGCCUUGACGUCAACGGCCCCUACAAGAGCGACAUCUACCGCUACUAA